CUAAGAUCAAAAUAAACAAAAGUUCUAGGAUUUUGUAAGGUUUAAACUAGGUUUAUAUUUAUUUUAAGCCUCAUGAACUUUAUAUAUUAUCUCCUAUCUACCUUUGUAGGAUGAAGACAUUCCUUCUGCUGAAACAGUGUAAACUACAGCUUACGAGACACUUCAGUGAAGCAAUGUCGAAGCACCGGAUAGCCGUAUGUCAGAUGACAUCGGUGGCUGACAAAGCUGCCAACUUGGAGAGUGUCAGCCAGCUGAUCAGCAAUGCAGCUAAGGAAAAUGUCAAAAUGAUAUUUUUCCCUGAAGCGUGCGACUACAUUUGUGACAACAAGAAGGACACGGUGAAGUCUGCAGAACCUAUUGUAGGUGGCAGCACUGUCAACAGCUACAGACAGCUAGCUGUCAAACACAAUGUCUGGUUGUCUAUGGGUGGGCUGCAUGAACAGAAUAAAGAAGACCCAACUAAAAUAUUCAAUACACACAUUAUAAUUAACAACACAGGUGAUAUAGUGCAGCAGUACAGAAAACUGCAUCUCUUCGAUGUAGAGAUCCCGGAGAGGAAUGUUCGGCUCAAGGAGAGUGACUUUUGCAGUCCCGGGGGGCAUAUUGUGGCGCCUGUGGAGUCACCUGUCGGGAGAAUAGGCAUGUCUAUUUGCUACGACAUGAGAUUCCCGGAACUGAGUACGGCGCUGACUGUACUUCGAGCCCAGCUGCUGACGUUCCCCUCGGCCUUCACGCAGGCCACCGGCGAAGCUCAUUGGCACACUAUAUUGAGAGCGCGUGCAAUUGAAAACCAAUGCUACGUAAUAGCCGCAGCGCAAGUGGGUGCACAUAAUACCAAGCGGCGGAGCUACGGGCACGCGCUAUGCGUGGAUCCGUGGGGUCGGGUACUGGCUGACUGUGGGGAGGAGACGGGGUUCCGAGUGGCCGAGAUAGACCUAGCGCAGUUAGAUGAUGUGCGGAGAAAUAUGCCUGUGUUCAGCCAUAGAAGAAAAGACGUAUACUCCUUGUACGCUCUGAGCCUCCGCACGGGGGGCUCCGAGCCGGCGCGCGCGGGCGCCCCGGCGCCGCAGCCCCCGGGGCCCGCGCGGCAGUUCGGCCACGUGCGGGUCCCGGAGACCUGCGUGUUCUACACCAGCGACCUGACUUACGCCUUUGUGAAUCUGCGAUGCGUGACGCCGGGACAUGUGCUGGUGGCGCCACGGCGUUGUGCGGAGCGGAACGGAGACCUCACCGAGGAAGAGGCUCGCGAUUUCUACGCCACCAUACGGCUCGUGCAAAAGUUAAUGGAGAAAGUCCACAACACAGAGUCGUGUACGGUGACCAUACAGGACGGACCCGACGCGGGACAAACUGUCAAGCACCUUCACUGUCAUAUAAUGCCGCGGAAGAAAGGAGAUUUCAUACAAAACGAUCUCAUAUAUCUGGAGCUCGCCAAACACGAUCAGUUCUCAUCGAGCCAUCCGGCGAAGCCACCGCGGAGUUUACAAGAAAUGGAGGCCGAAGCGGCCUCGCUGAGGGAAUCACUACUCACUUUGGACACUAAUUGAUAAUUAUACAAACUUUUCACUUGCCUUGUUAACCUUUUAGGCGCCAAUGACCGAUAUAUCCGCACCGCAGGUCCAACGCCAAAUACCGAUUAAUCGGUCACAAAGGAGCUACCGCGAAAACAUAAAUUCGCAAAUUGCGGGGAUCUUUCUCUUAUUACUCCAAUGAAGGCGUAAUUAGAGUGACAGAAAAAUGCCCGCAAUUGACGAUUUUCGAUUUUCACGGUAGCCGUCCAGACCACCGAGCAACAUAAACCUACGUGCAUAAUAUGCAUAAAGUUCAAUUUCAGUUUUGACACUUGGGUGACGUGGCGUCCGAGUGACAGCUUUUGUGUUUGACACGGCGUCGAAAAGGUUAAGGGGCCCACAGAUUACCAGUUUUGGGACCAUUUGUCGGACGAUAUCAGCCUGUCAGUUGUUCGGAGCUGUCAAAUUUUGCGUCAAAAUAGCUACAUUUGACGUCGACGAUGCUAAAUUAGGCAGACUGUUUCGUACAAAAUGUGACCCGUUAAUCGAGUCUCACGAGGGUUUUAUAAUAAGAAUGUCAAAAACCU